AUGGGUCAGUGCUUAGCUACCCAGCAAAAAUGCGAUAAUGACUUCAUUAUAAAUGUAGUAGAUGGUGUGUGUUUCCCUAAAUUUCCUGUUGGUAAUUUUAUGCAAAAUAAUGAUGUUGCCAAUCUAAGUCAAGAACAAGAUAUUAAAUUAAAAGGACUACAGUUGAGCUAUGGAGACAUAAAUAAAUUCGAGGAAAAGACACGGUUACAAAGCCAAAGUCCUCUUUGGUUUAGAAUUCGAGAACACCGAAUAACAGCUUCCAAUAUUGGUCGAGUAUAUAAGAGGCGAAAAGAUGAUGAAAAGCUAGCAAAGCAAUUAAAAUCAACAAGGCGAGUAGUAACAGCAGCAAUGAAACGUGGUGUAGCUUGUGAACCACAGGCAGCCAAAAGGUAUGCUGAAGUGUGUGAAAACCGUGUAAACCUUUACCCUUGCGGUGUUGUAGUGAGUUUUUGGGCACCCUGGUUAGCUGCAAGUCCAGACAGGAAGGUCUAUGACCCGACAAGAAAUCCACCAUUUGGGCUGUUGGAAAUCAAAUGCCCUCAAGUUACAAGUGUUUUAGAGGCCGCAUGUUUAAAAAAAGAUGUAACAGGACAAUUAGCUUUAAACAGAAAUCAUGAUUACUACUAUCAAGUGUUGGCACAGUUAGCUUGUACGGGUCUAGAAUGGUGUGACUUUUUUGUUUGGACAGAAAAUGAUCAUCAUAUGGAAGCAGUUUACUUUAACCAGGAUGUCUGGAAUACAGUGAAAAACAAAGUAGACAAAUUCUAUUUCAACCAUUUUAUUUGACAAGUCAGUUCGAUUUCCAGGCAUUAACAAUUGGGCCUUUAAAA